AAGAAUUGGAAGCUUGCGUCCACCAGGACUUCUUGCUUCUUCACAUUGCUUUGGGAAGGAUUGUUUUUUAAAUCUACAGAUUUCUCUUAAAGAAAACAAAGGCCAUGCGUGAUUUCGCCACCUUAACCCUCGUCUGCUGCCUGAUUUUAGUCAGUGUCUUCGAACACGCUGAAGCGCAAAGCUGCGGCCAACUGACGACUUGUACCUCCGCCUUAACCAUUGCGGUCAACGGAGCAGGCCAGGAUAAAAGCAAACUUUGCAGAGCCUACAAUACUAAUCUGAAUUGUUUAUAUAAGGCUGUAUCGGACUGUGGUGUGGAUGUCAGCACCACAAUAACAAAUGUCAAAACAUAUUUGUCUUCGUACGGAUGUUCCAUUUCCGCCGUUAGUUCCACUUCAGGCUGCGGUUCCAUGAUGUCGCUUCUUAGCUGGCCGUCCCUAACACUCGGGGUUUUUCUUCAUAAACUCUUUUGAAAAAGAAUUCCACGUAUUUGCAAAAAAAAAAAUAU